AUAUUUUCUCCAUUAAUGAUACUUGAUAUUUUUCUUGAUAUUGUGCAAUGUGGAAUUAGUUUACUGUAGGAGUUCUUCCAGUCUCAAGUACCACCUAAACGCAAAGCAUCCCUUAGCUAAUGCGGAAGAUGCUGGGCCAAGCACAGAUGUAGGGCAGAGGAAGAGUCAUCGUCAAACUACUAUGUUUGAGUUCAACCGAGGCAAGCCAGUCAGCACAGCUCUAUCAGCCAAGCUAACUAAUCUCCUCGCUCAGUGGAUUGCCACCAGCUGCCGGCCCAUCAGCGUGGUUGAAGAUGAUGGGCUCGAGCUUGUUCUCCAGGCGGCCACAGGUGUGACGAAAACAGAGGAGCGUCACUUUGCAGAAGAGUGUGCCAGGCAGUUUCUCGACGUCACUAAUCAGUGGGGGAUAGCUGACAAAAUCAGCACUAUUAGAACAGACAGCGCUCCUAAUAUGGUGGCAGCAGGGAGGAUACUGCCAUUUGAGCAUUUGCCCUGUGUUGCGCAUGUUGUACAGAGAGCUAUUGUAAUGUCACUUCGGGAAGGUGUUUUUGAUGGUGCAUUGGCCAAGUGGCGUAAAGUGGUCAGACUCUUCAAACACAGUCCGGCCAACUCAGAUGAGCUGAAUGUCCAGCAACCCUCCCUUGGACAAGUUCAGGAGCCACUCGUGCAAGAUGUUCCAACACGGUGGAAUUCCACCCUUGAGAUAAUCAAGCACGUGAGGCACAACAGAGACGCACUGCACACAAUGCUGUCUCAGCAGAAGCACAAUCUGGCCCUCCCAACAAAUGCUGAAUAUGAGAAGUUGGCAAACUUCUAGAGAAACUGCUGGAGCCAUGCAGGUACAUCACUGAGCUCCUUGGUGGGGAUAAGCAGGGGCGUGUCUAGAGCAUUUUAAAUGGGGUGGCCAGUCUGGGGCACUGGUGCAAAAGGGUGGGGGGGGCACGAUGUAUGUUAAAAUACAUCGUGUAUGCACUC